AUGUUAAAUAUAGGAUCCUAGAUCUUUGGAGGAUUACCUAUUGUUGGGAAUGCUUUUAACAUAAUUAAUGCUGCUCUCGAUUUUGGAUUAGAAUAUCAUAAAGAGCAUAAAUUUACUACAGGAUUAAGAAAACUAAGUAAUAUUUUACAAUGUAUUUCUAUAGUUCCAGGCCAAUUAUAAAUAGAGAUAUAAAUUGCAAGCUUAGAAUUAAAUAGAAAUUAAUAAACUAAUUUGAUUAAUGAACCAAAAUCAAGAUUUAGGAAGUUUGCAGAUUAAUUGUUGCAAGAUGAAGAUAAAUAAUUCAGAGAUAUUAUAUAUUGGGCAGCAGGUACUGAAGAUGCAUUGAUUAUUUUUAAUUAUUUGGAAGCAAUAGUGAUAUGA